AUGUCCCUGCCCCGAGUCUCUUACUUGGAGUCGUGGGAGCCGAGCCCAGCCUCACUGCGCCGCCCGCAAGACCGCGAUCGGAGCCCAGGCCAUGAGUCUGACGGUGAUAACGACUCAUACCAAGAUCUUCCCGAUUCUUCCUUAUCGUCCUCCUAUCCGUCCGCCACCGAUAUCCCCUCGUUGCGACAUCGCCUAAAUUUCAACCCAUACGCUGGACCUGGCUGGACCCAGGCUGUUGUGGAUGGCGGAGAUGACGAUCGAAAUACCCUCUCGCGAGUUUCUUCUCUCGCUUCCAAACACCGCCAGGCAAAGCGUGCGGCGAUAGCAGAACCACAAGCCAUUCAGCAAGCCGAGCCGGAUCAGGACGCUUGGGGCCCGCUUGAGACAACCGGAGCGUUCGAAGUUGGCAAUACAAAGCGAGUCCGUUAUUGUUGCGGUGGUCUACUGCUUCUUCGCUUCUGGCAUUGUCUUUGGCUUUGCUGCAAUAAAACCAGUUUUCAUUAG